CCCAGAGGAACAAAAACACACGUGUAAGACAGUUCAGUGUCUAACUGUGAGCCUCCUCUUCUAACCCCCCCCUCCACACACACAGACACACACCAGCCUCCUGUCUCUGCGCUCAGGACGUCCCAGAGUGUGUCCAACUUUCUGUGCUGGAUCUUUAAUCCAUUUUCAUCCUCAGCCUAUUCAAGCCUCCCCCCUCACCUCGCGGCUGAAGACAGCAUGACGGACGCAGCGACCAACAUGCGGCUGAAGCUGCCGAUCACCUGCUUCAUCCUGGAGAUCAUCCUCAUCAUCCUCUUUGGGACGCUGGUGCAGUACAACUACGAGACGGACGCAGCAGAGUGGCACAACCAGACGAAGCAUUCUGACUACGAGAAUGACUUCUACUACCGCUACGCAAGUUUCCAGGAUGUGCACGUGAUGAUCUUCAUCGGCUUCGGCUUCCUCAUGACCUUCUUGCAGAGAUAUGGCUUCAGCAGCGUGGGCUUCAACUUCCUGAUCGCGGCCUUCGCCCUGCAGUGGGCGACGCUCAUGCAGGGCUUCUUCCACGGCAUGCACGGAGGCAAGAUCCACAUCGGAGUGGAGAGCAUGAUCAAUGCUGAUUUCUGCACCGGCGCUGUGCUCAUCUCAUUCGGAGCCGUGUUGGGUAAAACCAGCCCGGUGCAGCUGCUGGUCAUGGCCAUGUUCGAGGUCACGCUGUUCGCUGUCAACGAGUUCAUCGUGCUGUCGGCUAUCGGGGCCAAAGAUGCCGGAGGCUCCAUGACCAUCCACACGUUCGGAGCGUACUUCGGCCUGAUGGUGACCCGGGUCCUCUACCGGCCCAACCUGGACAAGAGCAAAAGCCGGAACAGCUCAGUCUACCACUCCGACCUGUUCGCCAUGAUCGGAACCCUGUACCUGUGGAUGUUCUGGCCCAGCUUCAACUCGGCCGUCACGGCUCACGGAGACGACCAGCACCGCACGGCCAUGAACACCUACUACUCCCUGGCAGCCUGCACUCUGUCCUCCUACGCCAUGUCGGCCCUCACGGCGCACGACGGCAAGCUGGACAUGGUCCACAUUCAAAAUGCCGCCCUGGCUGGGGGAGUUGCAGCAGGAACAGCCGGUGAAAUGAUGCUGAUGCCUUUCGGCUCCAUGAUCGUGGGUCUCCUGGCCGGUAUCAUCUCCGUGCUGGGCUUCAAGUACCUCUCACCCGUCCUGGAGGAGAAACUCAAGAUCCAAGACACCUGCGGCGUGAACAACCUGCACGGCAUGCCCGGCAUCCUGGGCGCCAUCGUGGGAGCCGUCACCGCUGCUGUGGCGACCAUGGACAUUUAUGGAGCAGGCAUGGCGGACGUCUUCCCCGAUGUGGCCUCAGGAGAAAUUAACGCGUCUGCUCAGGGCGUUCGUCAGGCCAUCGCGCUCGCUGUCACUCUGGGCAUCUCCCUGCUGGGGGGGCUCAUUGUCGGUUUCAUUUUGAAGCUCCCUGUGUUCGGCGCCCCCCCCGACUCCAUCUGCUUUGAGGACAGCAUCUAUUGGGAGGUUCCUGGAGAAGAGCCGAGUCACGACGAGCAGCUGACGGUGGUGAAUAUAGAGGAGACAGAGAAGCUCAACAUCUAGACACACAACCACACACACACAGACACACAACCACACAGACACACACACACACACACACACAACCACACACACACACACACACACACAGAAACACACACACACCUGAGGUCUUAUUAUCCUAACACUUGAGUAUUACAUCCUAUAGGCUGUUGAUAAAAAAUACAAAAAAUAAAAAUGUGCCCCCCCCCCACCGUAGUGCUUAUAAAAAUGUCGUGGGCAGCUUCGACCACCAGAGGUCGAUCUCGAGCUGCGUUACUUCCCCACAGGCCAGUGAAACCAGCGUCUCACUCCACAGCCAGUUCACACCAAAGACGGAGAGAAGUUCAACCUGGCUUUCAUGUUCAUACAAAACCAAUUUCUGUCUCCACUAUUUUCUUUAUUUGAAGUAGAUAAACUGUGUAUUUGAAACGUGUAUCCUCUCCUCGUAGUUUUGCUUUGGGAUUCUGUGUUUUUAGCUGUACUUGUAUAUGAGUAGUUGUGUAGUUGUAGUACUUUGUAUCUUAACCUCGUUUGUUUGUCGAAAACUUUAUGAAAUUCAAUCAAUUAUUUUUUUUGCCUAAAUUGAUUCGAUCAUCUCUGUAUUCACUGUGUUCCCCUUGAAUUGAAAUGUUUGAAAACACAACGUUGGAUUUCACGAAAUGAAUUCAAUAAAUAAAUAAACAGUCAAUAUUUAA